AUGGCAGAGAGACGGAUUCCUUUCACCAUGCUGCGCACCCCGAGCUGGGACCCCUUUCGUGACUGGCACCCCACCAGCCGCAUCUUCGACCAGACCUUCGGCAUGCCGGCCCCGGUGGAAGACUUGGCCUCGUAUCCAUACACCCACUGGCCCGGCUACAUACGGCCUUCUGUGAUGGCCCCUGACAUGGCCGCUGUGAUGUAUCCAGGUGCCGUGAUGGCCCAGCAGGCCCGCGCCCUGUCCCGCCAGAUGAGCACGGGCAUGUCUGAGAUCAAGCAGACCCAAGACAAUUGGAAGGUGUCGCUGGAUGUUAACCAGUUCUCACCUGAAGAGCUGGUGGUCAAAACCAAGGACGGUGUGGUGGAAAUCACUGGAAAGCACGAAGAGCGGAAAGACGAGCAUGGUUUUGUGUCUAGAUGUUUCACCAGGAAAUACACCCUCCCCUCUAGCGCCAAUGUGGAAAAGGUCACAUCAUCGCUGUCUCCUGACGGCGUGUUGACUGUGGAGGCCCCGCUGGCCAAGGCGGCCAUCGAGGCAGCUGAGGUCAAAAUACCUGUCACCGUCGACAGCAAAAGCGGUGUAGUCAAGAAGUAG